AUGGGUGCUGGCGCAAGUACCCCAUCUGCAACUGCAGAGCCACCGGCAGCGACAUGCCCCGUGGACCAUAAGACUCGCGAGGUUUGGUUGCAACAACAUGCCAAUUCACCUCAUCCUCCCACCCCCGGAUCUGCUCCAGAGGCGGGCCAGACACCAGCCAAGUUGCAAAGACCGCUAUCAACGGACCGAGAAGUUAGCGGUAUACCACGCGCUGGCGAAGCUGCGAAGGCCUGCCCCGAAGGCAAUAAACAAGUUCCGUCCGCAUACGCCUCUUCCGCAAACGCCGCGUCGCAUGGGUGCCCGUCUAACGCCGAGUCCGAAACUGGCCGUGAUGAAGCAACAGGCAAUUGGAUCUAUCCAUCUGAAAAACAAUUCUUUGAAGCCUUGAUGCGCAAGGGCAAUACUCCCAAUUCUACCUCCACGGCUUCCGAAUUAGCAACUUCUGUCGCUUCAAUCAUCCCCAUUCACAACGCUGUCAACGAGCGUGCAUGGAAACAGAUCCAGGAUUGGGAAACUAAGGGACCAUCAUCGGAUCCAGGAAGCAAAAAAUGCGGUGGGCCUAAACUAUACUCAUUCCGUGGACUUGGAGUUGAUCCCGAGUACCUAAGCCCUCGUGCGCGGAUUAACGGAUGGCUUGGUUACCAACGUCCAUUUGAUCGACAUGACUGGGUCGUUGAGCGUUGCAAUGGAGAACACAUUGAAUAUGUGAUUGAUUUCUACCAAGGAAAACCUACAAGCAAUGGAGGCCAGGGCCUAGCAGGAAACGCUGGGCCAGAGAAGCUCAGCUUCUUUUUGGAUGUGCGGCCGAAAUUGAACUCUUAUGAAGGAUGGAGGUUGAGGUUCAACCGCUUUGUUGGCCUGUGA